AUGAUUCGUUUGGCGGAUAAAAUACGUCAAAGACAAAGUGGCAUCACUUCUACAGAACCAGAUGCUGUUCAAUCGGCUUCCGUUCGAAAUGCUACUAUCCGUGAUCGUCUUGUGUUACAGGAACUGCAAGAGUUAAGGGCUAAUAUAUCCUCCCAAUGUUCAAUUCAUCAUCCCGAUCCAAACAAACUCCAUGAAUUCACAUUAAUAGUAAGACCAAAUGAAGGAAUUUGGGCUGAUGGAAGUUAUCAUUUCAAUAUUGUUGUUCCCGAAGGUUACAAUCACACUCCACCACUAGUCAAUUGUACUACACAAAUUUGGCAUCCGAAUAUCGAUGAAGCUGGACGUGUUUGUUUGAGUUUACUUCGCCAGAGUUCGCUAGAUUUCUCUGGUUGGGCACCAACAAGACGUUUGCUCGAUGUUGUUUGGGGAAUCGAAUCUCUUUUUUCGGAUCUAUGCGAUUUCAACGAUGCACUGAAUACAACAGCUGCUGAACAAUACUUACGUGAUCCUGAGGCAUUUCAUGAUACUGCACGGAGCUAUGUCUUUCGUUUCGCACGAUAA